UGGAGAUCUGUGCAAGUCUCCGUCUCCAGUUUUCACACUGAAUGAAAGCAGUUCUACAUGUUAAAGGACCUGGGAGGCACAGAUCAUCUUAUAAAAGUGCUAUUUGGAAAGACAAUGAGAUCACUCUUGAAGAUGUUUCCGGUAUCUGGGAAAUCGAUUGUCUUUGACAACUUUCCUGAUCCUUCUGACACUUGGGAAAUAAUUGAAACAAUUGGCAAAGGGACGUAUGGUAAAGUCUUCAAAGUACUGAACAAGACCAGCGGAAGCAAAGCAGCAGUCAAAGUCCUGGAUCCAAUCCAUGACAUCGAUGAAGAAAUUGAAGCUGAAUACAACAUCCUCAAAGCCCUCUCCGAUCACCCCAAUGUCGUCAAGUUUUAUGGGAUGUUCUACAAGAAAGAUGUGAAAAAUGGGGAUCAACUGUGGCUCGUCCUUGAGCUCUGCAACGGUGGAUCUGUAACAGAUCUCGUGAAAGGUUUGCUGAAGAGAGGAGACAGAAUGGAUGAGCCAAUCAUUGCCUAUAUCCUGCAUGAAGCACUUAUGGGCCUUCAGCACUUACACAGGAACAAGACUAUCCAUCGUGACGUCAAGGGAAACAACAUCCUGCUCACGACAGAGGGGGGAAUUAAGCUUGUGGAUUUCGGUGUUUCUGCCCAGCUGACAAACACCCGGCUCCGUAGAAACACCUCAGUGGGGACUCCUUUUUGGAUGGCACCAGAGGUCAUUGCAUGUGAGCAGCAGCUAGACUCUACCUAUGAUGCUCGCUGUGAUGUGUGGUCCCUUGGCAUCACGGCAAUCGAGCUGGGAGACGGGGACCCCCCGCUUGCUGACCUUCACCCUAUGAGAGCUCUCUUUAAAAUACCAAGAAAUCCACCUCCAACCCUUCAUCAGCCAGAGCUGUGGUCUGCGGAUUUUAAUGACUUUAUUUACAAGUGCCUGAUUAAAGACUUUGAGCAGCGACCCCAUGUUCCUGACCUUCUUCAGCAUGCCUUUAUCAAGCAGAUUGGGGGGAAAGAGAAGAUCCUACAAAUGCAGCUGAUGGAGCUCAUUGACCUCCAUCAGCAAAUGGGAGUCAUCGAGAAGACGAGAGAACAAGGAAAACACUCAGAGAGAUUCACAGACAGUAAUGAAAGGCAUGAGCGAAUUCAUACCAAAAAAGGCAGCUACAUGAAGUCCCAAAGUUCCAACCUGGACAAUGUGGAUGACCUGGCCACUUUAGAAGUGCUCGAUGAAAACACUGUUGCAGAGCAGCUGCAGAAACGUUAUUCCAAGAGCCAGAUCUAUACCUACGUGGGAGAUAUCCUUAUCGCAGUCAAUCCUUUUCAGAAGAUGGAUAUCUACACCCCUCAGUGCUCAAAGAUCUACAUUGGGGCCAAACGCACAGCAAAUCCUCCACACAUAUUUGCAGUUGCUGACAUAGCUUACCAGUCCAUGGUGUCCUACAGUGCAGAUCAGUGCAUUGUUAUCAGUGGGGAGAGUGGUGCUGGCAAGACAGAGAGUGCCCAUCUCCUUGUUCAGCAGCUCACAGUCCUUGGGAAGGCCAACAACAGAACACUUCAAGAAAAGAUCCUCUUAGUGAAUAAUCUAGUGGAGGCCUUUGGAAAUGCUUGCACUGUAAUAAAUGACAACUCCAGCAGGUUUGGCAAAUACCUGGAAAUGAAGUUCACGUGCAGUGGUACUGUGGUUGGAGCCCAGAUCUCUGAAUAUCUUCUGGAGAAAUCCAGGGUCAUCCACCAAGCUCUAGGAGAGAAGAACUUCCAUAUUUUUUAUUAUUUGUAUGCUGGUCUGGCUGAAAGGAAGAAGCUAGCACAUUACAAGCUGUCUGACAGCAAAACUCCAAAGUACCUUGAAAGUGAGCACAUUAAGUUAGUACCUGACAUUUUGAACAAUGCAUUUUAUAAGGAGCAAUUUGAUUCAGUUGAACAGUGCUUCAAAGUCAUAGGAUUUACACUCGAGGAGCUGGGAAGUGUUUACAGCAUACUGGCCGCCAUUUUAAAUGCAGGUGAUAUUGAAUUUACAUCAGUCGCCUCCGAGCAUCAGACUGACAAAAGCAAUAUCUCAAAUACCGCAAUGCUUGAGAGUGCUGCAUCUCUGCUCUACAUCCGGGCGGAUGAGCUCCAGGAGGCACUCACCUCGCACUGUGUGGUCACUCGAGGAGAAACGAUUGUCCGGCCCAACACCGUGGAGAAGGCCGCGGAGGUUCGAGACGCCAUGGGCAAGGCCUUGUUCGGCCGCCUCUUUAGCUGGAUAGUGAACCGCAUCAAUACAUUACUCAAGCCUUACACCCAGCUGAGUGAAGAGGACAAUGGUCUUAAUAUUGGGAUUCUUGACAUAUUUGGGUUUGAGAACUUCAAGAGGAACUCAUUUGAGCAGCUGUGCAUUAACAUUGCAAAUGAACAGAUUCAGUUCUACUUCAAUCAACACAUAUUUGCCUGGGAACAGAAUGAAUACCUGAAUGAAGAUGUGGACGCCCGACUGAUUGAAUAUGAGGACAAUCGACCUCUGCUUGACAUGUUUCUUCAGAAGCCAAUGGGAUUGCUCUCACUGCUGGAUGAGGAGAGUCGAUUUCCUCAAGCCACAGAUCAGACCCUCAUAGAAAAGUUUGAAGAUAACCUGCAAUCCAAAAACUUCUGGAGACCGAAACGGGUCGAUUUAAGCUUUGGAAUCCAUCAUUAUGCUGGAAAGGUUCUCUACAAUGCAAGUGGAUUUCUUGCAAAGAACAGGGAUACCCUGCCAGCAGAUAUUGUCCUUCUGCUGAGGUCUUCAGAAAAUGACCUGAUACGCAAGCUUGUCACACACCCUCUCACAAAGACAGGUAACCUCGCCCAUACCAAGGGUAAAGGUGUGGGAAACAUCAGAAAUUGCACCCCACAGCACUCAAUCAAUGUGUCAAAGAUGGAAAUGCUUGUGUUGUUCAGUUCAUUAUCAGUCUGUGAGGGUGACAGUGGAGAGUCGGUCCACCAUCCCAGAGAGACAACCAACAUGAGAACUCAAACCGUGGCGUCUUAUUUCCGAUAUUCCCUCAUGGACCUCCUGUCUAAGAUGGUGGCAGGUCAGCCCCAUUUUGUCCGCUGCAUUAAGCCCAACAAUGACCGUCAAGCCAGCAAGUUUGACAGGGAAAAGGUUCUCGUACAGCUUCGCUACACAGGUGUCUUGGAAACUGCUAAAAUUCGAAGACAAGGCUAUUCUCAUCGGAUUCUUUUUGCAAACUUUAUCAAAAGGUACUUGAUUCUAGCUUUCCGAUCGAAUGAAGACCCUCCUGUGAGCCCUGACACCUGUGCUGUAAUACUAGAGAAAGCUAAACUGGAGAACUGGGUUCUGGGCAAGACAAAAGUGUUCCUGAAGUACUACCAUGUCGAGCAGCUUAACCUGAUGAUAAAGGAGACUGUGGACCGCAUCAUCCUGGUUCAGGCCUGUGUGCGGGGCUGGCUGGGUGCCAAACGAUACCGCAAAAUGCAAGAAAAAAGAGAACAAAGCGCUGUGGUUCUCCAGUCAGCUUACAGAGGAUACAAAGUUCGAAAGGAGUACACAGGUGAUAAAAAUAAGUCUAAGAAUGAGACUUUUAUCGCCAAGUUCCAAGCUGCUUGCAGAGGAUAUCUUGCCAGGAAGAAAUACAAGGAAUUAGUGGAUGAAAAAAAUAAAGCUGCAGUAAAGAUCCAAGCUCACUACAGAGGACACAAGGAGAGGAGGAGCUUCAAAAGAAAAAAGGAAGCUAUGAAGAAGGAAGAGCAACCAGCAGAGACUGUUCAGGAGACACCAGAAGAGGGAGCUAUGCAAGAAAAAAGGCAGCCAGAGACAGCAGGUGUCAACACUGAGAAGGGCAGCCAGCCACAGAGUGGUGAAGAUGAUGAGGCCAAAGCAGCCGUUGUCCUUCAGAGCAACUAUAGGGGCUAUAGAGACAGGAAGCGCUUGAAGCAGGAACGUGAGCUUAAAAACUAUGAUUUUGAUGAUUUACCUCCCCCCGUGGAAGAGGAUGACUUUGAACAAGCGUCGCAUACCCUUCCUGGGAACGAGGAAGCCAACACGGAGGAGGAGGCCAAGGCUGCCACUGUCAUCCAAAGCAAUUUCCGAGGACACCGGGAAAGGAAGAGGCUCGAGGAAGAGGGGAAAAUUCCCCCAAGGGGAAAGAAGGGGACGGCGGGCGAGGAAAGCCGACAGCCAGGCAAAGAGUCGGGAAAAUCUGAGCUGGAGCUGAAUGACAAGCGGACCGCAGACGAGACAGCAAACGAGGAAGAGGAAACCAGGGCAGCCGUCGUCAUCCAGAGCAACUUCCGUGGACACAAGGACAGGAAGAGGCUGCAGGAGGAAGGAAAAAUACCAAAGAAGAGCCAACGGGAGAUGAAAAGGGAAUCGGCGAAGGCCAAACCUGAGACUGUCGUGGAAGAGCCAGAGCCGCCCAGUGAUGGGCAGGGCCUCGACGAGGAGAAAGCAGCGACGGUCAUUCAGAGUAACUUCCGGGGCCACCGAGAGAGGAAGAAGCUGAAAGAGGAAAGGGAAAUGGCCGGGACAGAUGAAAUGGCAAGGCAAGGGAACUCUGCCUCCGAGCCCCCAGGUGCGGAUCCUGUCCGUGAGGCGCAGAGUCUGGAGGAAGAGCUCGAUGAGGAGCAGGCUGCUGUCAGGAUUCAGAGCAACUUCAGAGGCUACAAGGAUCGGAAGAACCUCAAGGAGGUGUCAGCCAGAGAGAGGGAGGAGUUUGAGACAUUUUCUAAACAAAUCAACAGAUUUUCCGAAGACUAUCUCUCUCUCCAAAAGAAGUUGAAUGAGAUCAUCUUGGCCCGUCAGUUAAACCCAUUUAAUCGUGGUGUGUUUGUCAAAGAAAAACCGCUCAAUGGUUUCCCUACAAAUGAUCUUCCACCAGCAGACCAGAAGCAGGUGAGAACACCAAGAAGAACCCAGCAACCAAAAACACUGAACACCCCUGAAGACUCCACUUACUAUAACCUCAUCCAUAGAUCUCUUCAGGAUGAUAAAAGGAAGCCAAGGAAACAAAGUCCGGGAAAACUUCUAGACAUUGAAGACAGUUACUACCAAGAGCUUUCAUCCAAUACCUCCAUGAACAGCAGCCCUGAGAGAAACACCUCACCUGACCAAAAAUCUCCCACCAGGCCGGCUCCAGAGCCAAAGGUCUUGCCACCCAGCCACACUGGACGGCAACCACUUGCAAAACUGACCUCGACAGAGAGCCAGGAAGAAGACAAUCCCUACGACUACAGAAAAUUGCUCAGGAAGACAUCCCAAAGGCAGAGACUGAUCAAGCAGUGCUAGCUUGUCUCUUAGCCUCCUGUUAUCACUUCCGCUACUUGUAGACGCUUGUCUUUAGAGGCUAUUAGAAUCUAAAUAUACUUUCAUUAUGUAUCAGCUUUUCUUCACCUUCAAUACUUUGUGUAUUGGGAUAACUGACUUUAAAGCUUCACAAAUUAAAAUAAAGAUUUAAUGUAAGACAUGUACAGCUAUGUUCACACUUAGCGAACAAGUUGUUUCUUUAAUGGUUUCCAAAAGUGUUUUUGUUUUUCCUCUGAACACAUGAAAAUCAAACAAAAGAAAGUCAGUUAAGCAAUCGUUGUGAUAUUCUUGUUCUGCUAAAUCAUUUUCUGAUGUGUUUUCAUUAUUCGUAUUCAAUACUAUCGAUUUUGUUACAUAUUAUGUAUUGACAACACAACAAAAUGAAAAAAACAUCAUUUUGGGAAAUGCAGCAUCAUAAAAGGUCACCAUUGGUCCAAAAACACUAAAUAUCCAGAUGUUUGUACAUAUGCACAUACACUUAUUAUCAUAUAUAUAUAAUUAUCAAAAUAAUUAGUUUUUUUAAUUGUUUCACAAAAACAACAUAAUGUACAAAACUGCUUGGCAAUGUACAGUAUUCUAUACUGUACCAGGCAAAUAAGGUGUCUGUACAUUUAUAAACACUCGUAAAAACAUUGACUUUCUUUUUGGAUUUCACAACUGUUUAUUUGUGUAUCGCUGUAAAAUGGUUCUGCUUUUGAUUCUGUGUAUCUUUAAAUUCGAAAUGAAAAUUAAUGCCUAGAAUUGCUUAAAGUCUUUCAAUUGUAGAAGUUCAUAUGAUUGUCAAAAAGCAAUUUUGUCGGUCAGAGAAGUUAUCUUGUCUAUAAAUAAUUCUUUGUAAGGUA